AUGCUUAUAUACAGAAGACUCCCUCAGGGCAGUUGGUAGAUUCCUGGCCUGCACUGUUAGGUUUGCUGAAGGAAGGGCUGCAGCUAGGCUUACUACCACAAGGACAGUUCCUCCUUUUAGCGAUACUGAAUGAAUUUGUUCAGAAGUGCCCUAUGCUAGAAGAGAGAAAAAAUCAGAAGGAUUUACAGGAGAUUACCCAGAAACUUUUAGAAGCUUGUAGCAACAUAGCAGGGUCAUCUCUGGAACAGACUACAUGGUUGCGUCGUAACCUUGCUGUUAAGCCAGGUCCCCAGUCUGAGGUGAUAAACAGCAUAGAAGAAGAUGUGGAAGAUCACUUACCACCUCCCGUUGUUGAGUCCGUUGCCAAGGAGACACCUAAUUACAGUCAGUACAGUGUACAAGCUCUAAUCAUUUUGGCUGAUCUUGUAGCCCCCAUGUUAGACGUGGUCUAUGCAAGUGAUGAAAAGGAUAAGGUUGGACCAUUCCUUGUCGCAAUUAUGCACAAUGUCUUCCCAUACCUCAGGAACCAUAGCCCCCACAACCUGCCUAGCUUCAGGGCCAGCUCAGAGAUCCUUGCUAGCCUCAGUGAAUACCAGUACACACGCAAAUCUUGGAAGAAGGAAGCACUGGAUCUAUUACUAGACCCCAGUUUCUUCCAAAUGGACCAACAAUGUAUAGGCAACUGGAGAAC